AUGGAUAUCAUUGAUCAUUUUCAGUCCAUCGAAUUCAGCGACCGCGUAAAAAGACUCCGGGAAGAACGUCAUGUGCCAGGUCUUGCCCUGGCUAUCGUCGACCACGGCCGGAUUGCUUCAGCAGGGUACGGCAGUGCGUCUUUGGACCCCCCUCAGCCGUGCACACCAGACACCCUGUUCGAUAUUGCCUCGGCCUCUAAAUCUCUGACCGCGGCGUCCGUGGCCUUGCUGGUCGAAGACGACAAGCGAUACUCGGAGGUGCAGUACGAAGCCCCCAUGUCGGCUUUGUUACCCGAUGAUUUUGUCCUAGAAGAUCCAGUAUACACCGCCGGGGUAACUGUGGAUGAUAUCUUGAGUCAUCGAACAGGCAUGGCUUCACACGACUUCUCCUACCUGAGCCCGCGGGCGAGUGCCCCGGAUACGGCGCGAUCUGUGACCCGCAAUCUCCGGCAUCUGCCCCUCGCUGCCUCCAUCCGAUCCAAGUACAUAUAUUGCAACAUGAUGUAUACCGUGGCGACGCAUUUGGUCGAGGAGAAGACCGGGCUCCCCUUCGCCGAUUUCCUGGAGGAUCGCUUCUUCCGACCGCUGGGCAUGGCGUCCACCAACCUCCAGCCGCAACGAGCGCGCGAUCGAGGACUGACCGAUCGUAUCGCCACGGGCUACCGCUGGAAUGAAGAACAGCGUGAGCACCGUGGGUUUCAGACGCCCGAUUGCCCCGAAGCUCAAGGAGCAGGCUCCAUCAUCACCAGCGUGACCGACUACAUCCGGUGGGUCAAAGCCAUGAUGCAUCGCCAAGGUCCGGUGACGGAGAGCCUCUAUCAGGGACUUCUCAAACCACGCUCAAUUCAGGACCCCGGGGAGGAGGAGCGCCUCUACGCGGCGGGGUGGGAGAUCUACCAUUAUCGUGGACACGCGGUGGUCUCGCAUGACGGCGCAGUCGCCGGCUUUGGCAGUACGCACUUCUUUCUACCGGGGUUUCAAUUCGGGGCCGUAAUCCUUGGAAAUUCCGAUACGGCGAUCCCGGUCGUGACGACUGUGGCGAGGGAGUUAAUUGACCAGGUUCUCCAAGUACCCCAUGCAGAGCGCUCUGAUUGGAAUAGCAUCGAGUGGACCAGCUGGGAAACAGAGGACAGCCCUGGCGAGACAGAGCUGCGCGAAAAGCUGUGUCCGGAUACGCAUGAGCCAGAACCUCAGCAGUUCCCUCUCAGCACGUAUACAGGCCAGUAUAAGAACUUAGGGUACCAUGAAUUGUUGGUGGAGGCGAAAGAUGACCGGCUGUUUGUCGAUGCGACCGAUCGUUCCUUUGGGUUUGUACUCACCUUCAAUCAUGUCGGGAAGCAGUCGAAGUACAUCGCUCGUCUGAAAGACUAUCUCGACGGAUUUGAGAUCUCAAUUGCCGCUGAGUUCGUUCUAGAGGAUGGGAAAGCUGUUAGCCUUGGGCUGGGGCUGGAAGAAGAGAUGGAGGAUUUGGUGUGGUUUGCGAAGGUGGAGGAGGGUAGGAAUGCCUAA